AUGGGCGCGUUCCCGUCACAUGACACCCCAGAGUUGUUCUACACGACGCUCGUCCCUCGGCCCUCGACGGACACUCAUGUUGAAAUCUGCCUUGUGCCCCUGCUGCCGCGCUUCUUCAAUGACACGCAUAAAAAGGCAAAGCGGAAGCUCAACGACAUUCUCUCACGCACGGGGGUGGACCAACCCACACCCGGGGCGAUACCGUCAGGGGCUGCGACGCCGGGGAGUGCGACGGCGAGUGCCCCACCGAAGCGAGCGGAACCGACGGGUAGCGGCCCCAUUGUGGACUGCCUCAUCGCCUCUACGGACCCGUACUUCCUUAUCAAGGCAAAAGACGCUAUCAUAAGCAGGGAAGCCUUGCUUGAGUAUCAGCAGCAAAUGAAGAAUAAGUCAGGCACCUCGGAUGCCGCGGCGGUGCCGGCGGAAACCUCGGCAAAGGAGUCGUCGAAUGCCCCCCAACAGCCACACACCGCACAGCAACACACGUCCCUCCCACUGGUGCGUCCAGUGCCAUUUGCUGUCUGUAUCUUGGACCCCGACAACUCUAGCAGUGACUCCUUCACACCAGCAAAGCCACACUCGCUUUCAAACAGGCAGCAUCAGAACCUUGCAGCCAAUGGUGGGAAUGUCUUAAUGAUAAAAGGCCAUCGUCUGCAACUUGUGGGAUUGAUCUCAUGUUGCUUGAGUCGUCCGGUGCAAUUUAUUAAUCCAACCACCUUUACAAAGACACAGGUGCUUGGCGGCGGGGGUAGCCCAUCCUCGUCAACUCCCGGUAUGGGGGAUAGCAAAAAGCCCUGCAUUCCCGUGGUGUUAGAUGUCAUAUUUGAUGAUGUUGAGGCGCAUGGUUACCUUGCCAAGCAUGUUGUCCUUCUAGCUUCUUUAGCGUUUCGAAAACAAUUUGUGAAUGCCUGCGCCCUUCAUUACCCCGCUAACGACAAAGAUGUUGAAGCUUCAUUUGAUUAUUAUAUGGAACGUUUGCAAUUACGUCUUGUUCUACAGCGGAAUAACUACCGCGACCUGCGUAUGUUUUAUUCGCACUAUGCUCUGUUAGACAUGAUCAAGGAGCUUCGCAUGCAAGAGGCUGCCCCUACGCAUUUCUCGCUGUAUGAGACGCACCUUGGUGAACACGGUUUGGAAGUGACGUUCAGUAACAAGUUUCUAGGCGCGUGGUUGCGGUAUGUGGAGAGUAAAAUGCAGGUGGAUUGCGUCAAGGGUCAACAUAUUCGCUGUAACGCAAGCGAAUGUUUGCAGGAGUGUCAACGGUUGAUACAGGAACGGCAUGACAGUGGCGUUUUUUUGGAGGAAGAAGAAGAGGACGAACGUCUCUACGGUGGUUCAGUGCUUGCAGCUACACUCAAGCAGUGGCUUUUUGUGGGAUCGCAGUUGCUCCUGCAGCAACAGGCCCAAUUUGCUGCUGCUCAGCAAAUGAUGAUGUACCCUCCUGCGUCUUCAACUGCGGCUGCAACUGGAUUCUGGUCGCAGUUGCCCCCAAUGGUGAUGGGAAUGCCUCCCGGCUGGACACCGAACGUCAUGCCUUUCAAUACCGCCGCAACACCAAUUCCACUCAUACCAGGUCAACAGCAGCAAUUUAUAAUUCCUGGAGGUCGACCGCAGCUGUGCUACACCCCGCCACAAACGACCAUUCCAGCCACUUCUGCGUUUCCGUCGCCCGCCGGUAUGCAAGUCGUCCCUUCUACUCCUUCAUCCUACGGCGUGGCGGCUGCGCCAGGCAUGCCACCGCAGCAGAUUGUGUACGUAUUACCCGGCGGUCAAAUUUAUCAACCGUCUACCAUACCACAUACCGCAACCGCACCCGUCACCUUUCCGCCUGCUCCCACUCCGCCCGUAUACUUUGCGCAACCUCCCUCAUAUGGGAUCCCUUAUAGCUCAUACAUGUUUCCACAGUUAGCACCGCCACAACCGGCGCCAGCACCACCAGAAUAA